AUGGCCUCAGAAAAUCAGUCAGCGAGCCCCGCAACGUCCAAAGGUCGCAUUGUCGGCGGCCGGUUCAUACAAAAAUAUCGAGAGGCACAGGAGGGCGAUACUGAAGAGGAAGAGAAGUCGACGGUGACCAUCAAUGAGGAUCUACCGCUCACCUACACCGAGAGUGCUUUCGACAAACAUGGCCGACCUGUUACGGUGUUGUCGUUCGCGCCUGGUGACCCGGAGAACCCGUUCAACUGGCCACGAGCUCGACGACGGUUCAUUGCUGCUCUGCUCUGUCUGAUGACGCUGUUUAUUGGAUUCGCCACCACCGCGUACAGUUCUGGCAUUGGGAACAUGUGUCGGGACCUGCAUGUGUCCAACGAGCUGGGACAACUGGGGUUAUUCACAUUCAAUUUCGCAUGUGCGAUUGCGCCGUUGUUUCUCGCUCCGUUCUGCGAACUCGCGGGCAGAAGAAUUGUCUAUGUUGGCGCCUACCUAUGCUUCGUCAUCAUGUUCAUUGGGUUGAGUCUGGGCAAGAACAUUGCCACCAUCCUCGUGUGUCGGGCGUUACUGGGCAUGUUUGGCAGCGUGGGCACAAUCCUCGUUGGAGGCACCUUCUCCGACAUGUUCCUCCCGGACGAAAUGGCAAGGCCGAUGGCCCUGUUCUCGUUCGUGGCCAUCUUCGGAACAGUGGGUGCUCCCAUCUAUGCCGGCUUUAUCGUCGAGACCAUUGGCUGGAGGUGGAUGGAAGCCAUCCAAGGCCUCGCCAGUGUUCCGCUGCUCAUUGUCAUCACCUUUGCGCUUCCCGAGACUCGCGGAGGAGUGGUGUUGCAGAAACGUGCCAAAGUCGCUGCCGCUGCGACAGGGCAAGACAACUUCGUCUGCCAUAUGGAUCUGGAAGCAAAAGGUGUGAAGGAACUGUUGCACGAGUCGUCAGUCAAGGCUAUCCACAUGCUAGUGACUGAACCCGUUGUUUUCUUAUUCGGCUUCUGGAUUGCGUUUGCCUGGCUUGUCACCUUUCUCUUCCUUUCCGUGAUUCCCAUCACUUUUGAGGAUAAGCGAGGCUGGAGCCAAGGGAUCGGAGGGCUUCCCUACAUCUCGCUAUGUAUAGGUGUCACUAUCGGCUAUUGUGCGAAUUUCCUGCAGAUGCGCCGUUGGUACCAGAUCAAGUCUGCUGCUAAGCGAGACAUUGUCCCUGAAGAUCGACUGUACGGAGCCAUGUUCGGUGCCGGCUUUCUUCCUAUCGGCCUCUUUGUCUACAGUUUCACUCAGUACUCCUAUAUCACCUGGGUUGCACCGACUGUGGCCCUUGCUCCCAUUACUAUAGGGAUCUUCUUCAUUUUUGAGUCCUGCUAUAGCUAUACGACAGAUUGCUACGGAGAGGAUCAUUCAGGAUCGGCUCUUGCAGCUCAGUCAGCCCUUCGCAAUGUUCUGGGUGCAGUUUCGCCCCUCUUUGCAAGACAGUUUUUCGUCAACGUCGGCAGUCAAUAUGCAGGGCUCAUUCUGGCUCUUGUUGCGACCAUCAUGGCCCCAAUCCCUUACUUGAUGUUCAAGUGGGGAAGCUCACUUCGGCGGAGGUCGGCAUUGGCGCAAUAUGAAGGCAUUCCAGCAGAAGAGAAGUAA